AGUUUUUCCACUGCUUUAUACAUUCGCCUCACGGAUAAGGCGUACUCUCCCGAAAAACACCGCGCUUCUCUCUCUCUCUCUCCAAUGGAGCUUUCCGCCUCUCUCUGCAACCAAAACCCGCCCCCGCCCUUGAAAGCAGCUAUCCUCUCAAACCCUCCCACCAAAACCACUUUCCUGUAUAACCCACUUACCAAGACCGUCUCCUUUACCCCCAAAACCGCCUUUCGCAAAGCGCACAAAACCGCCAUUCGUUCAGCCAUUAGCCGAACAAAGAAGGAAGAAACGGUAGAAACAGUGAGGCAACAGCUUGAAGACUGUUACUUAGUUGCAGGCAUAAAAUACAAGGGCCUCACAGUUAAGCAGUUUCAGGACCUAAGAAGUUUAUUACCUGAAUCAGUGAAGCUCAUUGUUGCGAAGAACACAUUGGUGGGAAAAGCCAUUGAAAAUACACAAUGGGAAGCUCUGAAACCUUGCAUGAAAGGCAUGAAUGCCUGGCUAUUUGUUCACACAGAGGAGAUAACGGGUGCUUUAAAGCCUUAUAGAAACUUUCAGAGAGAGCAGAAGCUUGAUGAUAAUGACUAUACGGGGGCUGUUUUUGAGGGGAGGUUUUAUGGGCCUGAUGAGUUCAAGGCUCUUGAGACCAUGCCCACUAAGGCUGAGAUUUUUUCGAAGCUUUUGGGGUUGGUUCAGGGGCCUUCGAUAUCGUUGAUUGGGACGUUGCAGGCGCCUGCUAGGGAUAUUGUGGGUGUCUUGAAGGCUUAUGUGAAGAAGAUGGAGGAUGAGGGCAAAUGAUUUAGUGACCACUGAAUAAUUUGUGGUGAGGCGACCAUCACAUUGACGAAAAUGCCAUAUUUUCAUGGUCUAGAUCCUUUUGAGAGCAUACUGGGUAUAAAGUAGGGGAGUACAAAACUCACUCAAACAAACAGGAAAAGGAGUAUUUGUUGCUUCUAGUUAAUCCUCCAAGGAUAUUCAGGCAUGGUGGCUCAGUUUACACUUGUUAGCAAGAAAACUGAGGAAGAGGCACCAGCAUUGAGGGACUGGUUUGGGAACAAAGUAAACCAAGGUGUAUUAAACAGUUUUGAGCUUCAAGACUGAGAAACCCCUUGAGGGUUAGGUCUCAACUUGUAGUGACGAAGGAGUGAAAGAGAAGCAGACGGAAGAAGAGAAAGAAUAAGAGGAUGAGAGAUAAUAGCUAGGUGAGAGGAUGGAGCUCAAAUAUCUAGAGGACUACGAGAGAUGGAGUUCCGUAGUGCUUAGGGAGUGAAAUGUGAUGACGUGGACGAGGACAUAUAGAAAGAACAAUGGAAGAGACUACGUAGCACUUAUGGGCGAAAAUGAACAUUAUUUUUACCUAUAGAUUCGGCACUGUCUGAUUUUUUGGAUGGCAGACCGCCACAGGCAUAGCAUGUCCGUCGCAGGUUUUUUCACGCAAGAAAAAAUGGGAUUCCGCCAUGGUUGUUAUAGAGCCGUUGUGGGUUUUCAA